AGGUGGAGGCCAUGCUCUCGCGUGAUCUCCCCUACCGCCGUCGUCGUCUGGCCUGUCAAGGCCUCGCGUUGUUUGGGCUUGGGGGCGGAGCGAGCCCUGAAGGGGGCGGGUCCAGAUGGGGGCGUCUCCCGGCCUUGUUGACUUUGGCGUCCGCGGGGAGCUGCCCCCGUGCCCGUGGCUCUCUGCGCAUGCCCGGACCCCGGCGGCUCCGGAGUCUGGGAAGCUCUGGCUGCUCCAGUCGCGUCGCGGGUCCGGGCCCCGCCUCUCCCCUCAGUGGUGGCGUCCGUGUUGUUAUUGUGGUGGUGGCGGCGUCUGGCUGCUGCGGACCCCGCCGAGUCCUAGCGCCUGGCCUGCGCGCCGCUGCCCGCGCCACAGGUCCUUUUGGAAUAAAUCAUGGGAUUGAGCUUCAUUCAGAUGUGGUGGAAUAUGCCAAGGAAAAACUGGAGAGCUUCAUCAAAAAUAGUGAUAGCUUUGAUAAAUUUGAGUUCUGUGAACCUGCAUUUGUUGUUGGUAAUUGCCUCCAGAUAGCAUCUGACAGUCAUCAGUAUGAUCGAAUUUAUUGUGGAGCUGGAGUCCAGAAAGACCAUGAAAACUACAUGAAAAUAUUACUAAAAGUUGGAGGCAUAUUAGUCAUGCCUAUAGAGGAUCAGUUAACACAGAUUAUGCGAACUGGACAGAACACUUGGGAAAGUAAAAAUAUCCUUGCUGUUUCAUUUGCUCCACUUGUACAACCAAGUAAGAAUGAUAAUGGCAAACCAGAUUCUGUAGGACUCCACCUUGGUUGACCAUAGAAAGCGGAAACCGUGGAAAGUGAAACUGUGCAUAAAGGGAGACUACUGUACUUGAAAUUCUACAAUAAGGAGAAAAGUCAUCAGUAACCAACAGUAACUUAUAAAAAUAAGUCAGGAAUUAUGUGAAUUUCUAAAAAAUAAAAGCUUCAUAUAGUAAUAUUCAGAGCAUGAAAAAAGUUUUGAAAAUUGAUAUUUGCCAAAAUUUAAUAGGAUGUGUGGAGAAUAAGUUUUUGUGGGUGUGUAGAAGUAAUUCAAAAUAGCUUUCUGUUGAGAGGACAUUAUUCCUUAAUUGCAGGAAAUUAAAAUAUGAAAGAAUGCGACUACAAAAAAAACCAAAAAUUAUAUAUACAUAAAUUCUUUGCCAAAUGUAUCUUGUAGUAAUCAAAUUGCUCAUAUUAAACAACUUACUAAAGUGGAGUCAUAAUUUUUCAUCUUGAUUGACCACUAAUUUUAUUACAUUUAAAAAUCCUAUUCUGUGGUUUUUUUGUUUGGGGUUGAGGAGAAGACAUUCUAAAAAGAAAGAUGCAUUGUUUAAAGUUCAGGGGCAGAAGAGACUUCAUAAAUUGUGGGACUAUAUCACAUUGAGCUAUAUGAAGUUGCUGUUUUUGAAGGUCAUAAAAGACCCCCAAAUCAUUAGUUUUGUAUGGUUCAACCUAAAUAAAAUGCCCUUUUCAAUCUUUGUUAACAAAAAUGAUUUCUGACUCCUAGGCUCCUAUACAAUCUACAUACAGCCUACCUUUUGGGAAACAAAUGGAGCCUAAAUGUGUGUGUUGGAGAUAACCUGAACUGUAAUUUUGGAGUAAAAGUUUAUUUUUUAUUAUAUUUUAAGUUCUGGGGUACAUGUGCAGAAUGUGCAGUUUUGUUACAUAGGUAUACAUGUGCCAUGGUGGUUUGCUGUACCCAUCAACCCAUGACCUACAUUAGGUAUUUCUCCUAAUGCUAUCCCUCCUGUCCUCUAGCCCCCCAUCCCUUGACAGGCCCUGGUGUGAUGAUGUUCCCCUACCUGUGUCCAUUUGUUCUCAUUGUUCAACUCCCAGUUAUGAGUGAGAACAUGCAGUGUUUGGUUUUUGGUUCUUGUGAUAGUUUGCUGAGAAUGAUGGUUUCCAGCUUCAUCCAUGUUCCUGCAAAGGACAUGAACUCAUCCUUUUUUAUGGCUGCAUAGUAUUCCAUGGUAUAUAUGUGCCACAUUUUCUUUUAUCCAGCCUAUCAUUGAUGGACAUUUUGGUUGGUUCCAAGUCUUUGCUCUUGUGAAUAGUGUCACAAUAAACAUACAUGUGCAUGUGUCUUUAUAGUAGAAUGAUUUAUAAUCCUUUGGGUAUAUACCCAGUAAUGGGAUUGCUGGGUCAGAUGGUAUUUCUAGUUCUAGAUCCUUGAGGAAUCGCCACACUGUCCUCCACAAUGGUUGAACUAAUUUACACUCCCACCAACAGUGUAAAAGCGUUCCUAUUUCUCGACAUCCUCUCGAGCAUCUGUUGUUUCCUGACUUUUUAAUGAUUGCAUUCUAACUGGCAUGAAAUGGCAUUUCAUUGUGGUUUUAAUUUGCAUUUCUUUAAUGACCAGUGAUGAUGAGCAUUUUUGUAUGCUUGUUGGUUGCAUAAAUGUCUUCUUAUGAGAAGUGUCUGUUCAUAUCCUUUGCCCACUUUUUGAUGGGGUUUUUUUCUUGUAAAUUUCUUUGUAGAUUCUGCAUGUUAGCCCUUUGUCAGAUGGAUGGAUUGCAAAAUUUUUCUCCCAUUCUGUAGGUUGUCUGUUCACUCUGAUGAUAGUUUCUUUUGCUGUGCAGAAGCUCUUUAGUUUAAUUAGAUACGAUUUGUCAAUUUUGGCUUUUGUUGCCGUUGCUUUUGGUGUUUCAGACAUGGAGUCUUUGCCCAUGCCUGUGUCCUGAAUGGUAUUGCCUAGGUUUUCUUCUAGGAUUUUUAUGGUUUUAUGUCUUAGAUUUAAGUCUUUAAUCCAUCUUGAGUUGAUUUUUGUGUAAGGUAUAAGGAAGGGGUGCAGUUUCAGUUUUCUGCAUAUGGCUAGCCAGUUUUCCCAACACCAUUUAUUAAAUAGGGAAUCUUUUCCCCAUUGCUUGUUUUUGUCAGGUUUGUCAAAGAUCAGAUGGUUGUAGAUGUGUAGUGUUAUUUCUGAGGCCUCUGUUCUCUUCCAUUGGUCUGUAUAUCUGUUUUGGUACCGUACCAUGCUGCUUUGGUUACUGUAGUCUUGUGGUAUAGUUUGAAGUCAGGUAGUGUGAUGCCUCCAGCUUUGUUCUUUUUGUUUAAGAUUGUCUUGGCUAUGCAGGCUCUUUUUGGGUUCCAUAUGAAGUUUAAAGUAGUUUUUUCCAGUUCUGUGAAGAAAGUCAAUGGUAGCUUGAUGGGAAUAGCAUUGAAUCUAUAAAUUACUUUGGACAGUAUGGCCAUUUUCAUGAUAUUGAUUCUUCCUAUCCAUGAGCAUGGAAUGUUUUUCCAUUUGUUUGUGUCCUCUCUUAUUUCCUUGAGCAGUGGUUUGUAAGUUCUCCUUGAAGAGGUCCUUCACAUCCCUUGUAAGUUGUAUUCCUAGGUAUUUUAUUCUCUUAGUAGCAAUUGUGAAUGGGAGUUCACUCAUGAUUUGGCUCUCUGUUUGUCUGUUAUUGAUGUAUAGGAAUGCUUGUGAUUUUUGCACAUUGAUUUUGUAUCUGAGACUUUGCUAAAGUUGCUAAUCAGCUUAAGAAGAUUUUGGGCUGAGAUGAUGGGGUUUUCUAAAUAUACAAUCAUGUCAUCUGCAAACAGAGACAAUUUGACUUCCUCUCUUCCUAUUUGAAUACGCUUUAUUUCUUUCUCUUGACUGAUUGCCUUGGCCAGAACUUCCAAUACUAUGUUGAAUAGGAGUGGUGAGAGAGUACAUCCUUGUCUUGUGCUGGUUUUCAAAGGGCAUGCUUCCAGUUUUUGCCCAUUCAUAUGCUAUUGGCUGUGGGUUUGUCAUAAAUAGCUCUUAUUAUUUUGAGAUACGUUGCAUCGAUACCUAGUUUAUUGAGAGUUUUUAGCAUGAAGGGGUGUGGAAUUUUGUCGAAGGGCUUUUCUGCAUCUAUUGAGAUAGUCAUAUGGUUUUUGUCAUUGGUUCUGUUUAUGUGAUGGAUUACGUUUAUUGAUUUGCAUAUAUUGAACCAUCCUUGCAUCCCAGGGAGGAAGCAGACUUGAUUGUGCUGGAUAAGCUUUUAGAUGUGCUGCUGGAUUCAGUUUGCCAGUAUUGUAUUGAGGAUUUUUGCAUUGAUGUUCAUCAGGGAUAUUGGCCUGAAAUUUUCUUUUUUUUGUUGUGUCUCUGCCAGGUUUUGGUAUCAGGAUGAUGCUGGCCUCAUAAAAUGAGUUAGGGAGGAUACCCUCUUUUGCUAUUUAAAUUUAAAAUAAGUUUUCCUAGCAGUCAGGAUUAGUAUUGUCUCAUCUGUUAAAUCCUAAUCUCAUAACUGGAGGCAUUGGAAAUGAGACUGUUAAGGAAUAGACAAUAUGGAGGAUGUUUAAAUAAUUAGGAAUGAGACUUAUAUAAAAGGUUUUGUGUCAUUCAAAAGAACUUUUUUUUUAAAAUUGUUUGAGACAGGGUCUCACUCUGUUGCCCAGGCUGUAGUGCAGUGGCAUGACCAUGGCUCACUGCAGCUUCGACCUACCCAGGCUCAGAUGAUCCUCCCAUCUCAGCCUACUGACUAGCUGGGACUACAGGCGUGUACCACCAUCCCCGGCUAAUUUUUCUCUUUUUUGUAGAGAUGGGAUUUCACCAUGUUGCCCAGACUGAUCUCAAGAUCAUGGGCUCAAGUGAUUCACCUGCUUCAGCCUCUCAAAGUGCUGGGAUUACAGGCUUGAGCCAUUGUGCCUGGCCCAAAAGAACUUUUAAAUGAAGCUCACAUGAAUGCUACUUCAGGAGUUCUGAGUGUUAGCAGCUACCAAAGUCAAGUCUGAAUCUUUUUCCAUGGUGGGUCCAGUUGGUCUUGAUAAAUUUCAGGUAUUCCUCUGAUGAUUUAGGAUUGAAAGAUACAUCGCUGGAAUAGCACACAGCAUUGGCAAAGGAAGAACAUAAUUACGGUGUUGGCAGAGAAUACCAGUAACAGAAAAAUUCAAGAGCCAAGAUCAGCUGAAAAGACUGAUACAGUUUCUAUUUCCUAGCUCCUUUAUAAUUUCUAAAACUUUAGGGUAAAUUUAUCCUUCACUCUGUCCCUUUACAGAGCUCUCUCAGGCUUUGUUCUGGGUGCUUUCCUCUACUCUUAGUCUUUGCAUGUCACAGUGGGCUGAUGACGUGAGAUUAGCAUCUCCAGCCCUGACCUUGCCCCUGAGCUCCAGAGUCAUGAUCUUAUGGUGGCUUAUGGUGGGAAAGGCAGCAUACACUCUGCAGUCAAAACCUGCAUUCAGUACGUAAUCUCUUAGCAUUCAGUUAUUACUUGUAAAACAUUGAAAAUGGUGACGAGUAUAACAUUGUAGUUGUUAUUAUUAUCUCUGAAAUCUCCACUUUGGAUAAGUGAUAGACAAUUCACAUCUAACACAAACUAAGUACAUUUCUAAAUUUUUUUCUCAACCUGUUCGCCCCUGUAUCUUUGUCAUGUCAGUCACUGAUACCAGCAUCUGCCCAGUUGCUCAGGCCAAAACCUUAGAUGUUUUCCUUGAUUAUUUUUUUUCCCUCCCUCAUCCCCUACAGCCAAUCCUUUUCCAUCCUAUCUUCAAAAUAUAUUAUACCUGAAAUUUGUCCAUCUCUCCCAUCUACACUACCACCCUCCGUCAGAGUGUGUUCAUAUUUCUAGUGGAUUACCAAAGUAUUCCAGCUGAUCUCGUGCUCCCAACUUUAUCUGCACUAGUCUUCCUUCGGCUCCUUGAACAUGCUAAGCUCGUUUACCUUUUAGGUUCCCCCUGCCCCCAAGAUGUUUACAUGGCUGUUAUAUCAUCUAGAUCUUAGCUAGGACAGGAUCUUCUCAGGGAGACCUUUAUGACCACCCAAUAGAAAGCAACCAGGGCCAGGCGUGGUGGCUCACACCUGUAAUCCCAGCACUUUGGCAGGCCAAGGUGGGCGGAUCACGAGGUCAGGAGAUUGAGACCAUCCUGGCUAACACGGUGAAAUCCCAUCUCUACUAAAAAUACAAAAAAUUAGCCUGGUGUGGUGGCACAUGCCUGUAGUCCCAGCUACUCGGGAGGCUGAGGCAGGAGAAUUGCUUGAACCCGGGAGGCGAAGGUUGCAGUAGCUGAGAUCACGCCACUGCACUCCAGCCUGAUGACAGAGCGGAACUCCGUCUCAAAAAAAAAAAAAGAAAGAAACCAGAACCCCACUUUCUAUCAUAUCAUUGGCGUUUUGCUUUUUUUCUUGUAUUCCUUAUUUUUCUUCUUUAUAAUUGAUUUUUGUUUACCAACUCCUCACUGAUUAUGCAAAUUGCAUAAGUGCAGGGAGUGUAGACUUGGUAGUCUGAAUCAUCCAGUGUGUCUGCAUGGGUUCUUUAACAGUGCCUGGCAGAUAUAGGUUAAUACUUACUUGAUGAUGAAUGUUAAAUGACUUAGUGAACAAUUUUGGAAGAUGGGCAGAGCAGAUGGUUUUUGUACAUUUUUACAUGUAGAGGGCCGGGCAUGAUGGCUUACCCCUGUAACCCCAAUAUUUGGGGAGGCUGAGAUGAGAGGAUCCCAUGAGCUCAGGAGUUAAAGAGACCUGCCUAGGCAACAUAGUGAGAUCCUGUCUCUACAAAUAAUUUAAAAAUUAUCCAGGUGUGCUGGCGUGCGAUUAUGUCCCAGCUACUUGGGAGGCUGAGGCAGGAGGAUCACCUGAGCUUGGGUGGUUGAGGCUCCAGUAAGCCGUGAUUGUGCCACCACACUUCAGCGUGGGCUAUAGUGAGAACUUGUUUCAAAACAAAAACUUUAUAGGGGAUGGGAUCUCACAUCUGUUGUUAUGAAUAAAUAGUACUUUUCAUAUGAUUUAUACAUCAAAAAGUAUAAAAGAUAUGCAGGAUAGUCUCUCUCCUGGUCUUGUCUCCUUAUUACUUCACGGUCAUGUACCCUGUUUCUAAAUUCUUAUGCUUCCAGAGAACUUUUACGCAUAUAAAUGCCAACACACACACACACAUGCCCCUGUACAUUUUAACUUCUGUGCUGUCCAUCAGUCCUUGGCAUAUAAUGACUACUCCAAAACCUUUGUUAGAUGAAAGGUAGAGUUUUCAUAUUUUCUGUAUUUUCUAAAAUAUGCUAAGAAACACAUUUUGUUCUAUGAAAACAAUGAACAGUAGAUAAUGUUUUAUUUUUAAUAUUUUCUUUCUUGUGUUUUGU